UGUGACGUUAUAUACUAUUAUGUUAAGAAGUACCGUCAGCCCGUUGUUGAAGAUGGGUCUUAGUUUGAUCGGUAUAUGGCCUGGUGCCUCAUACGGGACGCUUUGUUGGUUCUUUUAUAUGACAACUCUCGUUGUGAUGCAGUACUUUCAGUAUUCUUACGUCUACGAGCAUUUCGAUUUCAACAAUCUGACCAAGCUGAUGGACGGAUUGGGUCUCACUUUGGAUUACACCCUGACAAUAUUGAAGUUGAUCAGCUUCUGGUUUAAUCGUAGGAUAUUCGCGGAUAUUUUGAUCGCAAUGGAUGACGAUUGGAAGGAUAACAGAACUAAUUUGCGUGAAUGCGUGAUGAUGAACAAGGCUAAUUUGGCGCACCGUUGUUCUAAUGCCAUGAUAUCCGUUAACGCUCUUGCCACUUUUCUAUAUUUUAUCGAGAGCCACGUACGUGGAUAUACACGUUCUAAAAACGGACAGUUUCGCAGAUUUCCGAUACAGGUACAAUUUCCGUUCGAGGUUUAUAAAACGCCCGUUUACGAACUCGUCGGUGUGGGAUUGUUUUUCCAUGUGUUAAAAACAGCGAUCAUAAUAGCAAUAUUAAAUGCUUUAAUUUUAACGUUGGUACUUCACGUAAGCGGACAAAUCGAUAUCAUGUGUCAAGAGUUAAAAGCGAUUCCUUCCAUGAUCAAAUCUAGCUCGGUAUCCACUAAAUCGCUAGUCGUAAGACACCAGAAGAUCAUAUCGUUGUCGAAAAAUAUUGAAAGCUUUUUUUCAUUUGUUGCUUUACUGCAAUUCGUAUGGAAUACUUUUGUUAUUUGCGCCAUAGGAUUCAUGGUCGUGAUAUCUUUAGGUAUGAACAUGACGAGUAAAUUCGAGAUAUUGGUACAAUUUAUUAUUCCAUAUUUUGCAGUGACAAUAGAAGCUUUUGUUUUUUGUUUCGCCGGCGAGUAUUUGAGUACUAAGAGCAAGGCUAUUGGCGAUGCAGCGUAUGAGACAGUUUGGUACGAAUUAUCUACUAGCGAAUGUCGAAUUUUAUUAUUUGUGAUUCUCCGAUCUCAAAAACAAUUGACAAUCACUGCUGGAAAAGUCAUGAACCUGACAUUGGAAGGUUUUACUAAUAGCAAGUCCAUCAGCGAUGCGGCAUACGAGACACUUUGGUACGAUCUAUCUACUAGCGAAUGUCGAAUCUUGUUAUUGAUAAUUGUCAGAUCUCAAAAACGAUUGACGAUUACCGCUGGAAAAAUCAUGGACCUGACUUUGGAAGGUUUUACAAGUGUCAUGAAAGCUUCAGCGUCAUACAUGUCGGUGUUGCACGUAAUGUAUUGAAAUUCAAAUCUUGUGCGAGUAAUUAACUUUAUUAGUUGAAUGAUCAUUUGUAAAAGUAUUUAUAAAACAAUA